AUGUACCGACCACCCUCUCUGGAAAACAAAGAACUGAUGGCCCUUUAUGGAGGGGAAAGAGACCACUUCUUUGUCAGAGAUGAGGACUGUACCAGUGAGGAGUAUGAUCUGGACUCAGAGUGCAGCGAGGAAGGAAAAGGUGGCAGAAGCCUUCGCAGCUCUCUGUCCCUGGAAAUCUACGGUCUGCAGAGGGAGCAGCAUGUUUACUUCUCCAACCAGGAGUACUACAGGAGGCUGGAGGAGCUGAAGAACGCACACCUGAGGAACAUGGCCGAAUUGGAGAGGAUGUACAUCAGUCAGGGCAGGGAGUGGCACGGAGAGGAAGAUGAUGGAGGUCUGGCGGGAGGGAGAAACACAGAAGCCAGGCAGUCAGUCAGUUGGUGCUCUGCCAGUAAACUCCAAAGGAUCAAUUCUCAGGAGGAGUUGGACUUCCACGAGACAUCAAGUGGAUCUGACCAAUCAGAGCUCUGUGGAGAGGACAGCACGGGGGAACUGGAGCUGGGCAAUAGAAGAAGGAGCCCCGGCCAGUACCGAACCUUUGGGAGAGACAUCCUGCUGAGCCCAGAAGAAAUGACCACCCAGAAGCAGUUUCGAGUCCAGCCCAAGGCCUCGUAUCUGAAACCGCAAGGAAGAUUGUCCCGUCAAACUGGACUCAGGGUUCAGUCCAACUCCAAGGUCACUGUGCCCAAACCCUUCCAGAUGAUGCUGAGAGAGGAGAACAGGAAGAAACACAAGGUGCGCACGCGCUCAGAGAUCGAGCUGGAGAACACGUUACUGAGACGGGAGUUGGAGGAGCUCAGAGAAUGCCAGAAAAAGUUCCGGGCAUCACCUGCACCCGCGCACAUACAUCUGCCCCUCUAUGAAAUCAUCAGCCGUCGCUCCAGUCAGCGGACCAACCAAAGAAGAAGCGGCGGUAAUAACGGCAACCGUGUCUCCAAAAGCAACCAUGCCUCUGCUGCAGCUUCGCCACAGCCUUUUCAUUUCCUGGAGAGAGAGAGAAGGAAGAGGGAGGCAAAGAUUGUUGCAGAGCUGGGAAACCUUGGCCAGAAAGAAGAGCGACAGGCUUUCAAGGCUAGGCCCAUGCCCAGCUCUGUGUAUGGCACCAGACACAGAGCAGACUCCAAAACCACAAACUGCCAGCCCCGGUCUCUAACCAUCUGCACAUCGGAGAGGGAGGCCACGGAGGGUCAAAGUGAUCCAAACUCUGACCUGGAGUCGGAGGUGCUUCAGUCCAGGUCAGACAGCUCUCCUGACUCCUGCAGGCCUCAGAGAUGUCUGUCCUCCAAGCCAGUGAAGAAGCAGAUAGAGCUGUCCAUCGAGAUGGUGAAGGAGAGGGAGUGGUCCUACACUGACCCGAUCAAAGCCACUGCCUGUAACAUCUGCUCACCUCUGCCGCUGGGUGGCCAGGAGCCUCUGCUCUCUAACAAGAGUGACUGCAUCAGUGUGUGA